UUUUCAAACAGCUCUUACACUAAAAGUGCAUUAUCAUAAUUUGACCGUUUUCAGAGUACUAUUCCAAGCUCAUAGUUUGGAAAUAUUUUUCAAACAACGUUUUUGACUGCACUGGUUCUUUAACUCAAUGACGUUAGACUACUACAAAUAGUGUGGCACUGCUGCCGCCAGAUGGCGCUAUUAUUGCUAACGUCGUUUGUUAGUGGCGAAUAGCGCCUACUUGCGGAUGUCCAGGCUAGCUAUAGUGCUGCAAAUAUCCUUAAACUUAUAAAUUGUCAUUAGUUGUAUUUGUCAUGUCAAUGACGAUGCAGGAACUAUUUACUCAUUGCAUGAACAACAAAAACCACCGAGUUUUUAAACCUUUUCAUACUAAACCAUCUUUGCAGAAACUGCCGAAGUCCUGCUCUGCAAAUAUUAGUGUUAACCAUGGUGACUCCGUUCUGUCGUUCCGUCUAUUUGCUUUACAAGACCCUCUUUGAGUACUUCUCCUAAAACGCUAGCAAACGAGCGAUAGGAUCGGAGACAUCAAGGGAUAGCGGAAUCAUUUAAAGACUCGUUGGAGAAUUCGCCAGUGUUGGACUCCCUGGCAAUAUGACGCUAUUUCAUUUCGGGAAUUGCAUUGCCUUGGCUUAUUUCCCCUACUUUAUCACCUACAAGUGCAGUGGACUGUCAGAAUACAAUGCAUUCUGGAGAUGUGUUCAAGCAGGAGCUACCUACUUAUUUGUGCAGCUAUGCAAGAUGCUAUUUCUAGCCACUUUCUUCCCCACAUGGGAGGGAGGAGCUGGUGUGUAUGACUUUGUUGGUGAGUUUAUGAAGGCCACGGUGGACCUAGCAGACCUUCUGGGCCUGCAUCUGGUCAUGUCCAGGAACGCAGGGAAGGGAGAGUACAAGAUAAUGGUGGCAGCGAUGGGAUGGUCCACAGCAGAGCUCGUUAUGUCAAGGUGUAUACCUUUAUGGGUGGGUGCCAGAGGCAUUGAGUUUGACUCAAAGUACAUACAGAUGAGCUUCGACUCCAACAUCAGCCUGGUGCACUAUAUCGCCAUGGCAGCAGUGGUGUGGAUGUUCACGCGGUACGACCUCCCGAAGAGCUUCCGUCUGCCUGUGACUGUACUGCUAGGGCUGUGUGUAUACAAGGCCUUCCUCAUGGAGUUGUUUGUCCAUGUGUUCCUGCUGGGGAGCUGGACAGCCCUCCUGGUGAAGGCGGUGCUCACUGGAUCCAUCUCCCUCUGUUCUCUCUUCCUCUUCGUCACACUGGUGCACAGUAACUGAGACUGGCUGGAAUCCCAAACAAAGAGGGUCUUUAACACACACACACAGGGCCUUUCAACCAGACUUUGCCUGUAAAGAUUAAUUUUGUAUCGCUCAGAAAGAGGGCAGGAAUGUGAGCAUUCAUGAUUUGACUUUUUUUAAUGUUAUGAUACUACUUUUUUAUGUAUGAUUUAUUAUUGUGCUGAAUUAGUACGGUAGAUUGAGUAUUUAUAACAAGUGGAUGAAAGUGGAUGCCUCUUAAGCGUUGUCAUACAGUUACUAAACUACUUUGACAUUUAAGCUGAUGGUACAAUACUGUUGUUACUGUGUGCUCACCUGCAUUACUGCAGAUAUGAAAGUUAUUAACUUAAUCUCAUUCGACAUGAUGAAAUACAAAUGUUGGUGCACUUGUCACAUGACUGAAGCAGCAUAAUGGCGUACUUAUGUUGUCGUAAGAUUACAUAAAACAUGGUAGCAGUGGGUUAUCCUACACUAUGGAAACUUAGUGAGGUGUGAGUGAAUGGCCAAUAAAUGACUUAAUAUGCUA